UGGCGCGGGAAAUGAACAGAGCGCGGCAGGACGUGGAUCUGCUGCUGCUGCUGCUGCUUCAUUGUUUCUGCAGAGCUGCUGCACACAGGCUGAUCUCGACUGAUUCUGUCUGUGCAGGAGGAUUUUAACAAGAAAAAUGACUCUCACCCGCUCUAAGAAACUUGCAGUCAUUCCACCUCCAUCCAGCAGGAUGAGUUUGAGGAGCUUUCGCAGUGUCCCACUGGUUCCCAUGGAAACUUCUUCAUCUGAUGACAGCUGCGAUAGCUUUGGCUCAGAUGGAGGCUUUGCAAAUACGAGGAGCAGCUUAAGACCGCAGAGGAGGUCGGCACAGAAACCUGUGGUGUGUGCGGCCAGGUCAGAGGAGGACACAUACAGCGGGUUUGAGGAGAUUUCAAUCUACAGGCAGAUGAAAUCCAUGAAAGUAGACUCUGAAACUCCACGACGUGGACGCAGGUCCAACGUGCUGAAAGUUGCCAUGACGUUCCCCACCAAGAAGCAAGGAAAGAAGAGGCCUGCGUCUGAACCUCUCCCUCAACCUAAAGUACCGGAGUGUGACUCUGAGGCGGACGAGGACAACUUAAUGGACAAGAGAGCGCUUAAUAUAAAGGAGAACAAAGAAAUGCUCGCAAAGCUCAUGGCAGAGCUGAACAAAGUAUCUGGACUUCUCCCGAGACGAAUGGCACUGUCAGCCUCCUCUACGCCCAGACAGGCACCGCGGCGGUCCAUGGGAACGCCAGGGCAUUGCAGGAGAAACCCAGAGCGUUCGUCUCGACCCCACACACGAUCCCGCACGCUGGUGGAUGGACCUCCGAGCCCGACUCCGGAGGAGGAGGAGCCCGAGGACAAGUUCAGCUUGGUGCGCAAAGGUCGCUACUUCGAGGAAGUCGAUGAGCCACCCCGUCGCCGUUUCUGCAACGGCAUCAGAUCCCUCCCCCACGUGGUGCGGCCUGUGGAGGACGUGACAGAGGCCGAGCUGCAGGGUAUCUGCGACAAUGUGCGGGAGAAAGUUUACAACAGUUCCACUGGAUCCACUUGUCACCAGUGCCGUCAGAAAACAAUCGACACCAAAACAAACUGCCGCAAUCCGGAGUGUGUGGGGGUGAGAGGUCAGUUCUGCGGCCCCUGUCUCCGUAAUCGCUACGGAGAGGAGGUCCGAGAUGCUCUGUUGAAUCCGGAGUGGCACUGCCCGCCCUGCAGAGGGAUCUGUAACUGCAGCUUCUGUCGCGCCCGAGAAGGUCGCUGUGCUACUGGAGUUUUGGUUUACCUGGCCAAAUACCACGGCUUCGAUAAUGUGCACGCGUAUCUGAAAAGCUUGAAAAAGGAGCUGGAAGAAAGCAGCCAGUGAAGUGUGGAGGAGGAACCGGCUCAUGGACCCACCUGACUGAAGACCGAAAAUCAGUGCAUCUCUAACUGAUAUGAUUAUGACCACUUUGGCAAACGCACAGUUCGAAUGUUGUUUCGUGUUUCAAGUAUUCUUCCACGAAUACUUGACAAAGUUUGUUGAUGCUUCAUACUGAUUGUGACAUUUGACAUUUUUUGUAGUUUGAGUAUUGCUACUCAUCCAGGUCUCUCUACUGUAAACUGUACGCUUGCCGCCGCUGUAGAUUUUUCCUGAGCCCUUGUAUCAGGACUGGUUGCAUGUAAAACAGGGAUGUCCCGAUGUUGAGCUCAAGUAUUGGAUCAAAGCGCGAUCUGGACAUUUUCUAACUAAUCACCCCCUCGAUCACAUCUCUCCAAUGUUUUACUCCAGCUGAGUUUUCCCUCCCACAUGUGCUGCCUGUUGGCUACGUUAGUGAGCAAGUCCUUCAUGUGGCUCAGUUGUAACUCUAGUUUGUAUCUAAUUGGACAUAUUUUAUAUACAUAUACAUAUUUUCACUUCUUCUUUCCCUCGCGACGUCUACCAGGAAUAUUGUAAAUUUUACUGACGGGGACCAUUUAAACAAAUUGUACUGUGUACUGUACUGUACUGUAUUGGCAGAUACUCAAAAGUAUAAUCAUACUAGGGAUGGGAGUGAGAUCGCGGGCUGAAAAGGCUCAUUGGGACGUCCCUAUUUUGAAUUAAGAUGGACCAGGAAAUUUCUUAACCUCAAAUUUUGUUGACUUGACAAGUCCACACUGUCUGUCGUUGUAAAUGCUUAACGCGGUUGCAUUGUUCUAAAAUGUAAAUAUUCCCCACCUGCUCUUUUCAUAGCUGAAUCAUCCUAGCUGCUGCGAACAAAGAAAACAUUCCAGCUUUUUUGUUGUUGUUGUUGAAUCAUCUACUGUAUUUUACAUUGUUUUAAAUGUAUCACGUUUACUCAACUGACAUGCAAGUGCAUUAUCCCCCAAAGAGAUCAUUUUUAUUGAAAAUAAGCUUGUGUUUUUGACAAGAUUUUAUCCCUUUUUUUUUUUUGAUGAAACGUAAAUGUGCACUAAAUGGUGUGUCCUGUAGAAAUGACCCAAUGAGCUACUGCUGCUGCGGAGGUGCGGGUGGAAAGGGCACAGACUGGGUCCACUUCCUCUUAAUUCUAAGCCACAGAGCUGUGUGAUAUACUACAGCGCCUGGUUAAAUAUCCUUCAUUAGAUAACUGUCACUAAUGGUGUGGAAACAAUUAGCACACUCUAAUGGGACCCAUACCUGUAAAUCAUUUUAUCCAGUUAAAGCACGUCCUUGCUCUGCUUCAGUCUCUUUGCCUCAUUCUCUGCCUUGCCCUGUUAAGUAGCAGCGGUUGAAGGUGCCACCGGUGAGUGGCAACAGAGCUAUGGCUGUGUGUGUGUGUGUGUGUGUGCGUCUCAGUUCACAAGUGCAAAGCUCUACAGGAAAUCACACGGAAUUAACCUUUGCAUUGUUUAUCGUCCGAAAGUGCUUCAUACCUGUAGCAGGUCACACUGUUGAGAGUUUUCUAUGUUACUGUAUUAGCAUGUGCAGGUUGUCUUACUGUGUCCGUCACAGAAAAGACUGUGGUGCUGAACUAUUGAUGGUAAUAUCUGUCACACUGAUGCCUGCUUUGUGCUUAUCGGGUUAACUGUACAUUUUCAUUAAAGCGUUAAUCACUGCCCAA